AUGUUGGUGGGUACCCCCCACCUGCUGACAUUGGAUGAAGCUGAUGCCACCUGGACCCUCAUCAAGGAUAAGGUCAUCGAGGAGCACUUUGGGCCCAAUGCAGUAGCAGUACCUUUCCUGUCAGAUGCAGCCUGCUAUGACCUACUGGGUGUGCUGGUAAAACAGUCCCGCCCAGCCCAUACCCGCCUGGCUUUGCCAGGUCGGCAGGGUCGGAGGGCACUGAAACCAGUGGGGCCACUACCAAGCCUCCUGGAGCAGACAGGAUCUGAGGGUGCCUUCGCCCACUGCACUCGGGAAUACUCACCAAAUGGCCAAGCAGAGAUAGCCUAUGAAGAGAUGCGAAUGUUGGAUGGGCAGCCAUGCAAGAUCCGCCUACAUAUGGGUGGCCUGCGCAAGAAGGUUGCCUUCCUGUUGCUGCCACCAGGCCAGGUGAGCCUACAGCAGACUCUUUCCUGGCUCCGAAGCACCCACAGCAUCUAUGUCAUCUACCAGGUCUUCUCUUGUUCCUGGCUGCAGCUGGGGCUGAUGCCUACAGCCCAUGAGCCCCAGCUCCUCCAGCUACAUCGGUCAUUACCUGUUGCCUUCUCCUGCCUCAAGUUUUCACUGCAGUCCAAGGGCGUGCUGGGACCACAGAAGCCUCUGACUAAAGACCCAUUGCUCCAUGGGGCCAACUGGGUCAGACCCAACCUCAGCAUCAUGCCACCUCUGGCCCCCACAUCAGCACCUGCUGAUACACCUGAAGCUGCUGAUGUGCCCCCACCUGUCCCAGCUCCGCCUACACCACCUCCCCAGGAAGGGCCAGAGGGCAAACCCACCAGAUUCUCCUACAAGGGCCGAAACCCCUUCCGAAGGGGGACCCACAUACUGUCAGAGAACUGGCUCUUCAGUCCCCGCAGCCCUCCACCAGGAGCCCAGGGUGGGGGCCCCAGGGACCCCGACGGGCACUCCAUGUCCCUGCCCCUGCUGCAGGGUCUAUCCUCGGAGUUCGACAGCGACGACUGAAGCUGAAGCAAAAGAUUCCGGGGGCAAAGCCCCCAAGAUCUGGCAUAGGGGUAUUGGUCUCUAAUAAACAUCAGCUGCUGCUCCCCCAAA